UGAUUAUUUAUUGAGUUGGCUUUCAACAAUAGACCUCAAAAUCAGCUUACUUGGUCUCUUCAUUUGGUCAGUUACUGAGUAUACUACUUUCUGCUAGUCAAUCACGUCUCUUUGUUAUUGUACAAAUCCAGCCGAAAUUUAAUCUCUAUUUUCAAUUCAAUCCUUACCAUAUUUUUUAAAUUUGUAAAACGAUUCGCAAUUUAAGCUGGAUUAUUUUUUUUGUAUUUUCGGAUACCAUUGAAAAGAAAUGACCAUUUUUAGAAAAAAAUGAAAGGUUUUUCAGCGGACAUAUGUAAAUAAUAAAUUAAAAAUAAUAAAAAAAUGUAAAUAAUAAAACGUUUUAAUUUCGUUAUUUUUAUUUUUCUUGAAAUUAUCGACCAGCAAGUCUCGAGAGUUCCCUUAAAUUUUGGUCCCAUUUAUACCUGCGGAAGUUACAAUGAAUCUUCAUCCUCGGUCAAGUACUACAGCUCAAAAGGUCAACGGUCGCAAAAACGUCACACGUCCGAAACGACAGCUGAGUGUGUUUACUGACCCUUUUAUGUGCCAACCGAGCUCAACAGUAUCUGAAAUGAAACUGCAAGGCAAACGAAGUAACACACAAUAUCAAAUGGCGCCCAUGCGAUCAUCAGUUUUGCGAAGCGAAGAGAUCUCGAGAAUGUACCAAGACUCGGCUAGCGACAGCUCUUCAACUUCCUCACGUGAAAACAUUCCAGCGACGUCUCAAGAUUUAUUUGAGUUCUCAUCAAUUUUCGAUCAGUCAGCAAGACUACCUGGUCCUUGUAUCAACAAAAUAACACAAUUGCGAUUACCUUAUGAAGUUACACCACCAUCUAAUAACUUACCUUUUGACAACAACAAUACUUUGGGUCAUUUUUUUCCUCCAAGUUGUAGCAAAUCGAAGUCGUAUAACUCGAUAGAAGCGUUGCCGCCUGAAACUUAUCAGCCGAGAAAUCAUUAUUCGAAAAGAGGAAGGCGUUUUGUUUCCAAAUCACAGACUACAGAUGAAGGAUGGUCGGCAUUGUUGCAGAAAUCUGUUAGCAGUUACUGUUUAACUGAAGGUGAAACGUGUGCUGAAAUUGAGACGAGUGGGCAGAAUAUGAAGCAGGAUGAGCAAAUGGACUGCAAGUGGAGAGUGCAGCAGAAGAUGGCAUCUGAGAAGAGUGAGCUGGAGAAGCGACUUCUCCAAUUAGAGAGAGAGAAGAGUAGUCUGCAGAGUGAGUUGGAGACUAGGCUGGAGAGUCAGGCGCAGAGGUACGAGGAGAGGAUCACAGAACUGCAUGCAGUCAUAUUCGACAUCAACAAGCGAUACGACCAACUGCAUGGAGACACCAUCAGAGAGGAAGACGAGGAAUUUUUGGAGGAGGUGGAUGAGGAAAAUGAAGACGCUGCAUCCAAUUCCAACUCUUCCUCUUCGGCCCCGCCCCCUUCACACGUGAUCAACCAAUAUUCCACUACUGCUGCCGCCCAUCUCAAUCUGAUGAACAAACUCAACCCCCCUUCUUCUGUCCCCUCCCCCUCGUCUACUACCUCCCCCUGGGGGGUUAAUCAACCCCAACGUCAACCCGCAUCACAUUUCAAUCCCAGCUAUUCUUCUACCGGUAUGAGCAGUACUAAUGCUAAUGGUUUUACGAAUAGAACCGUGGGAACUGCAGCCAAAGCAGUUGGAUUAGAGGUAGCAACUAAUUCAUACCAAUCUGAAAUGACCAAUUCCACCCCUGCCGAUCAAUCUGGGGGGAAUAGAGGGGAGAAGAAAUGUAAUCAGAGCGGCGCAGAUUGCAGCACAAUAAAUACUUACACGCAGCACCACAACCAAAAGGCAGAUGGAAGACUAAUUAAAGCAGCUGGAAUAUCAACACAAAGGUCAUCUCCAAUCGCUUCCGGGAACCAAAAGGGCAACAAAGUAAUCGGGGGAGGCCAUAGGCCAAUGGAAUUUGCAGGGGGUGCGAAUAGAACUGGAGAUCCAUACACCACAGAACUAGAUGCAUUGGAAACAUGCUCCACCUCAACUCACUGCUGUUGCGAAUCGCCCUACAAUUCACCACAAAGAACUUCAGGGACAAAACCAAAAAAGACCGGCAGUAAUCUAACUGCUGAACAUAUUAAACACUUGAAUGGUGCUAAUACCAAUAACAAUACACACAAUAAUCAUCACAACCACCACGAAUUGGAGGCUCUAAGCACCGAUUUUGAGCUAGUCGUGAAAGACUGCUGCGACAACAAGACUGCUAAUGAGUUUGACGAUGACAAUUGUUGUUGUCGUUUCGAUGACCUUGAAAAUGUCAACAGUGAUGAUGAGUCGAACGAUGACCGCCUAACUCCGGAUGCCUUUAGUGGGACUGCUGAAGGAGAAAGAAUGAACGCAAAGUUUGACCCUAAGGUGACCUCUUCUGGUGAUAAUGGUGGGGGAGGUAUGGACAGCGACUUCAUGGACGAUGAUUCACUCAUUCUGGCCAUAGAGAGACAGACUGCCAUGGCGUGUAAAGAAUUAGCCAAAUUGGAACUAUCCAACCAACCUUCCAGAACCCCAAUAAUAGGCCCCUCCGGCAGAACUCAGUCCAAACAGAACCUCACAUCGCCCACCACAAACUCAGUCGCAGAUGAGAAAGUUCGACAGAAGAACGAAGUCAUCAGCAAUCUAGACUCACAGUUGAACAAGUGCAAAAAGGAGAAUGAAGAGUUGAGACGACAGCUGAGUGUGAUUGAAGUUGAAAAGAGGGACUUGGAAAAGAGACUUGAGGCGACGCAGAAGCAGCUGCAGGGUGGAGGCGGGGCAAUUAGAGAUGACAAGAAUAACAAUGUUGCAAUGUCAGCAUAUAAUUCACUCACCUUGCCGAACAAGUUCAACAAACAACUAAGUAGUGCUACAGCGGGAGUAGGGAGUAAAGUGGUUGGGGCGGGACCCUUGCCCAGUGGGCCUCCUCCCUUGCUCCCUCCUAGAAAUGGAAGUGCCUCCGAAAAUAUAUCAAAACUAAGCAGUAAGCCCAGCAAUACAAGUGACAGUUCACGCUCUCUGAACCUAACUAGUGAUACCAAUACGCAAGCGGACCUCUUCAAAUCCCCAUCAUCACCAUUCGCACAUCGCCAGAACAGCUCAAGUUCACAUACAACUGAAACCAUAAGUGACGUCACCACAAGUUCACACAGCAGAAAGUGCAAUCAGAAUAACAACAAUAAUAAUAAUAACAGUGAAGAUGGCGGCGAUUCAACUCCACAAGCGGACGAUCGGAUAAUUGAGCUGGAGUUGCAGUUGAACAAAUCAGUCUCAAAAGUGGACAGAAUACAGUCUGAGGUUGAUCUGUUGCAGCUAACGCUCGAAGAAUCCAAAUCCACUUCGGAGCGACUGGCGUUACUGUGUGGGAAGUACGAGAGUAAUACUACAGCUCUGAAGAUUGCACUGGACUACUCUGAUUUGUGUGUUGAGGCGUUAGAGAGUCUAUUGGCGUUGGGAUCUUCAGCAGGAGUAGGGAGGAGUCCAAGGUUGCCAAGUGUGGGAUCGAACUCGAACCAGUUGACAUACUCUAUGCUAGGAGAAUUUUCUGACUGUGAAGACGAGUAUGCAAUGCUUGGAAUCAAAUCUUACGUCGCCGAAGAGGAAGAAAAGUUGUCGAUGAAGCAGAAAAGUAGAACUAGCAGACGUCAUGCGGAAACAGUGGCCAAAACUAUCCUCUCACAUCUGGACACGACAUUUGCGAAGGCGAAUAGAGUCAUUUGUGGGGAGAAUAAUUUAGGAGGUAUGGACUCCUUGUCGCCUUCGAAGGGGGGACUAGCUACAGGAGGCAGUGGACUUGACAGAGGGUCCAACAACAUGGCAUCCCCUUUCGCCAGUGGAAGUAAUGUGGAUGACUGCUCCUCACAGGAUCGAACAAGCACCACGAGUUCGACCAAUAGUGCCACUAGUGUGGAGUCGGAUUGGUCCAAACUGGAUGAGAACAGACUGAGGGACUACAUCCGACAGCUCAAGACAGAGACCACACAAGUCAGACUCACAGUUGUGGAGCUGGAGAGCAUCUACAUGGACCCGGAGUUUGCGACUCAGAUGAAGCGGAAGAAAGAAGAGGAGCAACAGCAGCUGCUUCUAUACCAACAACAACAGCAGCAGAUGAACAAUGGAACAAGUGUGAACAAUGUGUUGAGUGUGGAUGAAAUGGGACAGAGGAGGGAGCGACUGAAGCAGGAGGCGGACAUGUUGGCUGCAUUCGAGUCCCAGAGACAGGACCUAGAGUAUGCUGUACUCACCCAGGAACUCAUGACACUCAAGGAAGAGAAAGCUGAACUGAGAGCCCAAAUGUAUCUAAUUGAGAAAGAGAAGAAACAAAUGAAUACUAUGAAGGCAUCACAUGACGCACAACUCAAUGCAUACUCAGUGCAAGUGGAUCACCUGAAACAACUUCUGGAACAGCAGAAAAUAAACAACAACAACAACAGCAGUAAUGGACAGUCUGGAGACAACCAGAUUAAACAGGGGGGUUCAACUGGAAGCGACUCUGGGGUUGGGGGGACCAGCCAGAAGCCGAAAAUGGGGUCCACUUCGUCCAGUCACAGUUACCAGGGCAGUGCCACUGGGAUCAAAGGUCAAACAGGUGUGGGAGGGUUCUCGCAGAGUCCAAGAAGUGCCUUUUCUACUUUGAGCUCAUCAGCCAGUGCUUCCAAAAGUGAACCGGUAUCUGGUUCAGAACACAAUUCUUCCUUCUCAGCCAACGCUGUCAACAACUCCAACUCUUCCACUACUCCAAUUAUCACUCUGGAACAACUCAGCUCAGUGGCUGGAGGGCGACUGGGUUCAUCUGCAGGUGGCCCCUCUUCACCUGCCAAUAGAGGUCACAGUGGGGUCAUGCAUUCGGAGAGAUCGAACUCGCAGCAGCAGACAUCAGUGGCGUCUGCAGCAGUGGAGAUUGCGGCGGCUAAGAAGCGGGAGGAGAAGCUGAAGGGGAGGAUGGAGGAGUUGGUGAGUGCCCUGGACACUCUGUCCAAACACUGCGAGGUCAAGGACAGACACAGUGCAGAGUACAUGGCAGAUCUCAAACGUGCUAACAGUGCUUUAAUCUCGGCCUACGACAAAGCUAAGAAGAAACACUCGUCCAGACUGAAGAAGUUGGAGUGUCAGAUGAAGGCGAUCUGCGAGAGACACGAGACCACUGUGAAAGUGCUCAGACAGAGAAUCAAUCUUCUAGAGGAGGGGGAGAGAGUGAAGCAGAACAUCAGCAGUCCCCCCAGUGAAACUUCUCUAUAGUGCUUAUUUCUAUUCGCCUUAAUAAUAUAGGCAAAUUGCAAGCAGAUUAAAAAUAAACGAAAAGUUUUCAUUUAUUUAAA